AUGUACAGAAUCAGAUAGUUAACACAUAGACAUACGUGUUAUGAUUUUUAGCGACCAGUUAACGAAGCACAGUUUUGAUUUGAAUCUGUUCUUCUCAUGGCGCCACGCUUUUCUCUGCUACCUUCUCUCUUCAAACUGACCAAAACCCAUUUUCAGAACCCAACUCCAUAUUUCAGAUCACCUAAUACCCGACCCGGAUCCCUUUUCUUCAUAAGCUCAAUAACCCCAGCAAACGGGUCAUUUGCCCAAGCAUCUAGAUCAUAUGCUAAAGGGAGAAAGCCUCAUUAUGAUCUAUUUGGCAGCGGAAAGCCCGGAGACAAGAAAUUUCGGGAAGCGUGGGGGAAAGAAGUCGAUGACGAGGAUGAUUGUCUAUGGACAGGAAGCGAAGGCGAAAGUGAUAAAGAAAACGACAAAAACAAUCUCGAAGAACAAAUCAAGAAACUUAAACGAGAAGCGAAAGAACACUCGGAUCUUAUCGAUGCCGACGACAGUGAUGAGUUAAGAAGCGUGUGGUCGGGCAGUGACGACGAGAAGACACUAUGGACGGGUAGUGAAGGCGACGACGAUGACGAAAUUCCAACAGAGCCUUAUCCUAACGAAAAGAGUGACGCGUAUCUCGAUAAAUUAUUCGAGUUUGAUGAAAAACCGAAGUAUCGAACCAUCUCCGAGCUGUUAAAGUCGGAGCAGGAACCAGAAGAGUUAUCACCGGGAAAGCAGGCGAGAAAACUUGUGGUUGAGAAUGCGUUAAAGAAGCUGAAAAAAGGACCCGAUGGGCGUUACAUAAACGUGUGGGAGGUCAUGAGUGAUUUGGAUAUACUUAUAGGCGCGUUUGAAAAUAUUGUUUCUGGGCCCGAAUAUGAGGAGCUUCGGAAGGGUGGACCGAAGAAAUUGAACAUGGAGUUUUUUAAGGAUAUACAAGCGCGUAUGAGAGACCCGAAUUACAAAUAUUCGCCUGAGUUGAAGCUAAAACCGAAGAGCAAAGUGGUACCGAGAAAGAAAUGGCAAAAGGCGGAGUCUAGACGGAGGAAAGCACGGAAACGUUAACGUUCUAUUCUUUACUUUUUCGGCACUCAUAGUGUUAUCAGGACCUGAAAAAUAUUGGCUUUUCGGUUACAUUUUCUAUUAUAGUUACAGGUAGUUAACCAAGAGACCGAAAAGUAUAAAACGCUUCAUUUUUUA